AUGGUCCGGUGCCUGGAGAGCCGGCAGGAAGCCCUGCCCCCUGGUGGUGGAGGAAAGUUACGAAGAGGUGCUCGGGAAGAGCCCCGGUGCCCAACCAACCUCUCUUUCCUUCUGGACAACGUUGAGCUGAGCGAGUGUGGACACUUGCCCGGCCCCAUCCCUUCAGUCUGUAAAUGCUGGUGCGGCCGCACCACGUCCACCCUGACUGAGAAGGCUGUGACGGAGAAGCUGCUGCUGAAUGACGUGGUCGGGAGAGACAGGUACCACGUCAAUAACAAACACGAUGACAAGUACUCGCCGCUGCCUCCCAGCAAAAUCGUCCAGCGGGCGGAGCAGCUGGUGGGCCGGGAGCUGCCCUACUCGCUGCCCUGUGAGAACUGCGAGCACUUUGUGAACGAGCUGCGCUACGGAGUCGCCCGCAGCGACCAGGUGCAUCCCCAGCCUGUGUCCCCAUCCAGGAGCCGGGCCAUUCCCUCAGCUGACAGUGGCUGGGUGUCAGGGUGGGCCGGGCUUGGGCGGAGACAGGGGCAUGAAUAAGACAAAAAUAACAGAGACAGAAUCCCUGGCCCCAAGGAUGUUACAGUCCGGGUGGGGACCAGGGUGUGGAGACCCACAAGCCAGCCCCGCGGACUGAUGGUGGGGGGCGGUGAUGGCGAAGGACGUGAGUCAUGGCCAUGAAUGUCAGCUUGUUUGUCAAGCCCUCCCUGGCCACUAGGCCAUGAGACCCUUACCACAGCCACAGACGCGGGUGUUACCAAUCCCACUUUACAGAUGGGGAAACUGAGGCUUACCGCGUGUAAGUAGCUAGUCCAAACUCACUCAGCAACUAGGUAUUGAGUCUCUAGUCCAGGACAGCCACUGUGCAGAGGCGGGGUUUGCACCCAGAGGUGUUCUGCUCCAAAAGCUCUGGUCAAGCCAGGCUUCGUGCAAGGUCAUGCCUGAGAUGAGUCUGAUUUAAUUCUUUUGAUUAAUCUAAAACUGGAAAGUGAGUUGGAGACUGACCAGGAAGUAGAGUGAUAAGGAGGACGGGCAGAGGGAAUGGUGUGAGCCGCCUCCUUGGAGGUGGGUUUGGGGUUACAUAUUUCUUCCAGAAGUCCUGCCUGGGUAGGACAGCGCAUUAGUUAAUCUUCCCUACUGGCAUCCAGGAGCAUUCACACCUCAGGCUGUGCACUACAAAUGCAGGAUGGGUGAGGUCGAAGCUCUUCUCUCGGAAAGGAGGAGAAGGCCUCUGGGGGAAGGGGGAUGGGCAAGGAGAAGCCUUACCUUCUGGAAAUGAGGAGCCCAGGCUGUUAACUGAGGCGCCGUUGGUGGCCUUGGGGCACAGCGGGAAUGCUUCAGGGUGGCCAGGAGUGACCCUGUUGAUGGUCCCUUGCUCCUUUGAGCUGAGGAGGGCAGACCUGCCUCUGUCCAGGAGGGGUGGUGGCAGGGGGU